CCUGCGGUUACCCGCUAAGACAAGAUUGGAGAAAAGAAAACCCGUCACAUUGCCAUUCCCAAAGAUAUCAUAUGCAUGAAGUACAUUUUACUUAGCAUUGCAUUUUGAAAGAUAGAAAGAUGUGUACGGGUACCAGACCUCUCUCACUUCAAUCUCUCCCGCCAGUAUCUCCUACUACACCACCACGAAGUCAAACAACCCUCAAACCUACACUACCGGCGCACAAUAGCACCGCAGGCACACCACUAUAUAUAGCUUGCGCCACCAAUGGAAGCAGAAGCAGAAGCAGAAGCCCAGACGAUUACCAGUCCACUCUCCAAGCUCUCAACUCCAAAGGCCGCGUCCCAAGAAAAUCCCUCGGCCAGCAUUAUAUGUUGAAUUCUGACAUCAAUGAGCAGCUCGCGAGUGCCGCCCGUGUUGAAGAAGGCCACGUGGUGCUAGAAAUUGGGCCUGGAACUGGCUCCUUGACUAAUGUUCUUUUGAAUGCCGGUGCUUUUGUGCUAGCCAUUGAAAAGGAUCCAUACAUGGCUUCUCUUGUGAGUGAAAGAUUUGCAAGUACAGAAAGGUUCAAGGUUUUGAAAGAAGACUUUGUCAAAUGUCACAUUCACUCGCACGUGAAGUUGUUGCUGGGAAGUAAAAAGUCAUUGGAUCAUCCAAAGUCAAGAUAUGCCAAAGUAGUCUCUAAUAUACCCUUCAAUAUAAGUACAGAAGUAGUGAAGCUAUUACUUCCAAUGGGUGACAUUUUUUCAGAAGUUGUUCUCUUACUCCAGGAGGAGAUGGCAGUGCGCUUGGUGCAAUCAUCUUUGCGAACAUCAGAGUACCGACCUAUCAAUAUCUUUGUCAAUUUCUAUUCAGAUCCUGAAUACAAGUUUAAGGUCCCACGGACAAAUUUUUUCCCUCAGCCCAAUGUUGAUGCCGCUGUUGUCGUAUUUAAGCUCAAACAAGCUGCAGACUAUCCCCAAGUUUCUUCCACUAAGAGCUUCUUCUCAAUGGUCAAUUCAGCAUUCAAUGGGAAACGUAAGAUGUUGCGAAAAUCACUUCAGCACAUAUGCACGCCCAUUGAAAUUGAGGAAGCUUUGGGAAGUGUUGGCCUUCCAGCUACAGUAAGUUGUCAAGACCAGAGGAGCUUACCAUGGAUGAUUUUGUGAAGUUGCAUAACUUGAUUGUGAAAGUAUAGUUCUUUCUGGUUUUCAUGAAAGGGCAAUCAAAGCAAACACCCACAAAAUUGGUGCGCACACACUGUUACACCUCAUUGUUGGAUUGUACCAGAUAUUAUUUAAAUAUUGAAGUCAACAUUCAACAAUGAAAAACAUUUGCCCGACAUUUUCCAUAUGAGUGGCGUCCAUGCUUAAAGCUAAUGGUGAAAUCGCGGAGACAAAUGGGUCGUGGGCGAAUCUCUUUUCACAUAGAUAUUCCAAGGGCUGUAGCCAGCAUACUUAAUGGUGGAAGUAGCAUCUUUCAAGUGCAUACAGUGAAUUUUAUCAUGAAGUAACCCAAAAGUCUUGCAUUAGCAAUUUAGCGGGACGCUUCAAAUUAUAAGCAAUGUUUACUGUAUAUUACAUGUAAUACUCUAUUGUAAAUAAAGGCUAAUAAUAAUUCAAGACAAAA